CUCCCCACCCGGGCCCAGCCCUCGCCCCCGGCUAGGCCCGCCCCGCUCCCUCCCCACACACCCGGCCCGGCGCCCUCGGCCCCCUCCCUCAAAGGCCCGCGCUCCCUCCGCCCGCCGACUCAGGCCGCCCCGAACUCAACCGACCCCCUCCCCGCCUCAGCGCCGGCCCCGAGCCCUCUUCCGGCCCAGCCGGCCCCCGGCCGCGCGCCCCCGUUACCGGGAAUAUGGCGGCGGCGGCGGCGAGUCCAGACUAGGCCCGAAGCGCGCGAACCGCUCUCGGCCCCAGGUGCCGCCCCCCCCCCCCCCGCCGCCGGCGUCACACGCACGGCCACUUCCGCCAUACGCAGGGACACAUCUUCCGGCUCAGGGCCUCUGCGCCGAAGUCGGCGGGGCGGGCGUCCCGGGGUUGCCGGAAGUGGCUGGGUAGCCGGUUUCCGGUGCGGGUCGGGAAGAAUGUUGGUGGUCUCCGUGUUCCCCGUUCUGGCGCGGACACUUGCUCUGUCAAGGCACCACCUAGUGUCUCCCUUGGUCAGCAUGACAUCAUUCAGACGCUUCUACAGAGGUGACAGCCCGACAGAUUCCCAAAAAGACAUGAUUGAAAUCCCUUUGCCUCCAUGGCAGGAGCGAACUGAUGAAUCCAUAGAAACCAAGAGAGCCCGCCUGCUCUAUGAGAGCAGAAAGAGGGGAAUGUUGGAAAACUGCAUUCUGCUGAGCCUCUUCGCUAAAGAGCAUCUGCACCAUAUGACAGAGAAACAGCUGAACCUCUAUGAUCGCCUGAUUAAUGAGCCCAGUAAUGACUGGGAUAUUUACUACUGGGCUACAGAAGCAAAACCAGCACCAGAAAUAUUUGAGAAUGAAGUCAUGGCACUGCUGAGGGACUUUGCAAAAAACAAAAACAAAGAGCAGAGACUGCGUGCCCCCGAUCUCGAAUACCUCUUUGAAAAGCCACACUGAGCUGUGCGCCCCUGCCUGCCUGGCCUCAGUCUGCGGACCCUCACUGCUUACGAUGGAUAUGGCCUUGCUUUCCUGCAUGUCCUUAGACACUCAGCCCACCCGGACCGUUCGUCCUGCCUCAAAGAAUGGACCCACCUCUCUCCUAGGACGUGUAAACGUUCAGUGUGUCUCGUUCUAAUGCUUUCUUGUGCAGUUCUCAAAAGCAGGGUGUCAGUGUUGCCAGCCUUGGCCACAGGAGGGCACUGCAGGGGCAGCUAUUGUGCUGGCUCAUUGCUUCAACCAGGAGCGUGCUCAGUGAAAAGAGGCAGCCGGCUGCGGGUGCUGUGUGGAAAGCUACCCUGAGCGGCCCAGAGCUUUGUUCAAGUGAAAUUCCCCCUUUCCAACCUGAUAUGGUUUUCUGCCAAGGGAAGCUGAUCAAAGCCCCUUGAGCUGAAUCCUUCAAAGGCGCAGCAGGCGGAAUGAGGGCGGCAAGGAGGAAUGGUGUGGGCAUGCUGCUUAGGAGUCAACAUCCCCAUCGGAUAUUCUCUGAAAUGUUCGCUCUGUAAGCUGAACGGUAAUGGAAUAUUAAAGAAUAUCUAAAAAAGGAAAGUCACAAUUCCCCAACCCUCACACAACUAUUUUAAUUUUGUCUAUUCUCAUAUAGUCCUAUGUUUAUAAAGUUUUACAAGAUCACAGUCAUAGGUUUUAUCUCCAUGUAGCACUAUACCAAACUUUUUCUUUAUUUCUACAGUCUUUCUAAUUAUUUUAGUUGACCAAAUAAUAACACAUAAGAAAUAGUAUAUCAAAAUGAAUUAGUUGAAAGUGUUUAGCUCUAGGGCCAGAAGACUUCUGCCUUGCUGGAGGUGGUCUCACUGGGGGGUUUUGCCCUUGGAGCUGUAAUCCAGUCAGAACGGUCAUCACCCAGACUGGGCCAGGACCAUCUGAAGGUGUGGACCUGAGGAAGGCAGAAUUGAUAGGCAGAUGUUGGCAAUCCUAAGAGCUGCAUGCAGGGUGGAAGUACAUGUUUCCAGCGUGGUUGAGCUAUGGGGUUCCCACAGGGCCUCCUCAUGGUCCUGCCUGUCCCUCAAUGUCCCUGGCUAAGGAGAGAAGAGAAGAGAACAGCCUUUACUUACAUGAUCUCAUUAAAACUUACAGCACUCCUACAGACAGGUGGUGUUAUACCUACUUUGUAGAUGAGAAAGUGGGCUCAGAGAGAGUAAUUUGUCUAAGGUCGGGUAGCUGUUCAGUCAAAAAGCCAGAAUCUCAUUUAGUUCGUGGACUUUCUACCAGAACACGCUACCGUGCUAGUGGAAACUUAGUAGAAAUCUACGCUUUGAAAAGUACGGCGAAAACUUGACGGUUCCGAGACAUGACCUAUGUGUCACGUAGCAGGCAGAAAGCUUCCAGCUGCUUCCCAAAGUAAGCACUCGGUCACCCAAGCUAGCUCGUAAAUGAGGAAGCAGUGCAGGGGCUGGUUACAAGUUCAGAUCUUGGCUCCACUGCUUACUUGCUGGAUAAAUGAAUGAGCCUGAGCCUCGGUUUCCUCAUCUAUAAAGUGGGGGUGAUGACGCUCCCUAUCUUAACUAGUUGAGAAGACAUUAAAGCGUGCAGAGUUCUUACAUGGUCUGCAAGACACAGUAAGCUCUCAGUAGAUAGAGGUAUCAGCGUUCAGUCAUGUCUUCAGCCUGAGACUUAAAACCUGUCUCCUGACACAAAUUGCCUUGCGUGUCAGCGAGCUCACCAGAGUUACGUGCAGGGCAGUCUCAUCUGCAGACAGGAAAGCCGAGCCUGUUGAAGAACCACGGGGUGUCUUACCAGCCAGUGAAGGCUGGAGAGAAAACAGACCCCGUGGAAAACAGACCCUUUGAUGGAAAAAUCUGUAGGGCUCUCACCUAAGCGAGGAAUGGGAGUGGGGAUCGGGAGGCAGAAAGAGGCAGGGCAGAUGAGAAGACGUCACCCUGGGAGCUUACCGCAGACUCUGGCCAUUCUCUGGGGCCUCGUCUCAUGUGCUGUGGGGAGAAUGUCAAGUAGGCAGAGAGUUUAUAUAGAGAGAUUUAUCUGGACUGUAAGAAGUGCACAUGCAUGGGGCAGUGACUUACCCAUCUAUCCUGGACGCUUAUGCAACCAACUCCAGCAGCCAAGUAUGCAGUGCGGGCUUUAUUCCCCUGGGGUUUGAUCUCUCCUUACUCCGAUUUUGUCUUAUUUAACAUAAUGUUCAACUGCUACCCCUUUCACCUGGGACUGGCUUGCUUCUAAAGGAAUUGUUUUCUUCGCAGGCUGCUGGCUUGUGUCAUCUCUCUGAAAGUGAAGGAUCUUGCUAACUUCAGCUGCUCAGUGUCAGACCCAGGGGUGCUAUGUAAACAGUUUUUCCCUUUAUUAGGCAUUAAGUAAAAGUAGGCAGGCCACAGAGCAUUUUUAAAAAAUUAAUAAACAUAGGGCAAAAGCCAGCAGCCCCCCAGGGAUCUGUGAUGAACAGAAGCUAGCUCAUUGCUCAGUUGGACCCCUCUCUGCUCACUGAACUCAUUCAGAGCCUGCGCUGGGUGGAUGAGCGUCUGGCCCUGCUCUGACCCAUCUGAAGUGGUCUCCUGAGCCUUAGUGCCCAGGCUCUCGCAUGACAUGUCAAACUGGGUCAGCAAAGGCUGUUCUCUUCCCAUCAUUUCCUCUCUUAAUUGUUUUAAGUCUUCAAAAUCCAGAGACCAGACAACUUCUGCCCCAGCUCUGUGCCUUAGACAGAGCGCAUCUGUUGGGGGUCAUUGUCAAGGCUGCUCUUCCUGGCUUUGGGCAUUAUCUGGAGGUCAUCUGGUCUGUCUCUCCAGCUCCAGCCAGGGCAGCACCGGCAGAAGCCUGGUUCAUAUUUUGAAACAUCACCAGGGAAAGGGAUUCCUCUGGGAGGGUUGAGAGUCUUGCAUUUAUCUGUUAGUCCAUCUGCUGUUGUGGCUGGACAGAGAGAGGAAGAGUCCAUGAUAAGGAAGCUCGAGCAGCCUUAAAUGGCAAGCAGGUCUGGGAGGCUUUGAGCUGACAGCCCCUUUUAUUAACACAGCCUAUUGUACCUGAGGAUGGUGGGCUUGCCAUCCUGCGGCUGUCAAGUUGAUGAUCCUGAUCAGCUUCUAGUUAAGCCACCUUGUGACAGACACCUCAAUUUCCCAGUGAACCCUCUGGGAAUGAGGCCCGGUGUUAGAAUCUGCCCCAGUCAGGUAACAUGGCACGGUGGAGCAGGUGGCCUAAGGCAAGCAGUGCCCUUUUGGCUUCAAGAAACAAAGUUUGUUAGCAGUCAGACAUCUGAGAAUGGAUGGUAGAAAAGGUGAAGCCAUCCAAUAACAUCGGGCUUCCAAGAAGAUGUGUAGGGAAGAAAUUCACCUCCUCAUAACCUAUAACCACAAAAGAAGAGUUCAAGUCUUUUGCUGGGUCCCAGGUCUUGCCUGAAUCCAGAUAUUCCUGCCCAGGAGGAGAAUGUUCUCUAUAAAGGGCAGUGUGAACAUAUUUUACGUAACUACACAUCCCAGCAUGUAGUUUUAUUUAUUUAUUUUUUUCCCCCCAAAGCCCCAGUAGAUAGUUGUAUGUCAUAGCUGCACAUCCUCCCAGUCACUGCAUGUGGGACUCGGCCUCAGCAUGGCCAGAGAAGUGGUGCCUCGGUGCGCGCCUGGGAUCUGAACCCGGGCUGCCAGCAGCAGAAUGCGCAUACUCAACCGCCAAGCCACGGGGCCGGCCCCCAGCAUGUAGUUUUAAAAAGCAAACUAUGACAUUACGAUGUGCAUUUUGUUUCCCCGUGGAUUUCAGUUUAUUUAGUUUUUAUUUAGUGAAAUGUUCACGUUUGGUGAUGUCCCUGGACACCUGUUGAGGGGAAGUAGGGCAGAGCAGUUAAGGGCAGCUGCUCAGGAAUCAGACCUAAGUUAGAGUCCUGGCUCUACCAUUGGUCAGCUGGGUGACCUCGGGCGCGUUAUUACUCUCCACACUUCUGCGUCUCAUCUGUAGAAAGGGAAGAAAAAGAACCUCACCACACGUGUGGGUGGGAGUACUAAAUGAAGUUUAGUCACUAGCGGAGUGCCCGGCCCCCUAGGAACGAACACUUGAUGGUAGUCAUAGCUAACAGGAUUGUUUGCCUGUCGUGUGCCCAACACUGCUAAGAACUUUACAUGGAUUAUCUCAUUCAAUCCUCACAACAGUAAUACGAGAUAGGUACAAUUAUCCUUCCCCUUUUACAGAUGAGGAAAGUGGGGCUUGGUGAGAUGACGCUCCUUGCUCAAAGUCACAGAUGGGAAGUGGUGGAACCAGAACUGGGUUCAAGCCAGGCCGUGGGCCUCCAGGGCCUUUGCACUUAGGUACCAUAUGCACUGCCUCGAAACGUGAAAGCCAUCUCAUUCCUCUUCCGCUACUGACUUCUCCUGGAUCUUUUCGUGGUCCAUGGAGGACUGCUGUGCGGAGUACUUUGCAGAGACCCUCUCUUGGUUCCCUGUAAGACCACCAAGACCCUAACUCUGACAGAGGGCAUCGGCCUCAGCAGCUCCAGCCUUAGCCACCUGAGCCCUCCAAGCAGGACGAGUGCAGCCUAGCUCCACGUGAUGGUCUGGUGUUCAGAGAGACUUGCUUUGUAUUUGGAGGGGAGCUGGAGGGCAGGGCUCAAACGCUGCCCUGCCUUAAGGGUUUUUUCCUGACCCUGAGCAGCAGAGAUGAGGCUGGAAGCUGUCUGGGUCUUCCUCUCACUGUCUGUCCUUUCCCUCCAAGUCAGAGGCUGGCCCCGAGAGCUGGAUGUAGCUGGUCAGGAAGGCCAGGUGGGUCCCAAGAGGAGUUGCCCAACUUCCGUCAUACCCACUGGCUCCAACCCUUUUGCUGACAAGCCAGUGCUGGUUCCUCCUGAGGCCAGAGGCUCUGAGGCCAGGCCCCUUGUGAGCAGGACCCUCGCCUCUCUGUUUUUCUUGGCUCCCACCCCCUCAGCAUGGUCACGCAGAGGUGAGAAGGUUUUAGUAGAUGUACUAGAUACUGUGUUUCCAGCACAAGUAGACAUAGGCAGUUGGCUUGGUCCAAACAGGAAAAGUGAUGCUCAGAAAUCUAAUUUGAUAGAUGCACUGUAAUGGUCUUCACUAGAUGCUGGAGAUCAGAGAAGAACGUAUCUCUUCUGUCCUUGAGGAAUCUGCUGUUCAUUCUUUCGCUCUUUAUCUCAUUGAUUCCCAAGCAGAAGUUGUCUGCACCAGCACUGUGUGGUAGGCCCGGGUCCAGACCAGGAGACACAGAGGUGGAUGAGACAGAGCCCAGGCCCCGAGCACCUCUGAAGAAGGGAUAGCUGAAUGGAAGAGAAGUGAGGAUUGGGCCACGUAUCGCAGGCACUGACCAGAGUGCAAGCCAUAGGGCCUCCAGCCUUGUGUGGCAUGUCUGUCCCCACCCCCCAGUAGAGGUGGGGACACCAGGCCAUGGAGCUCUGAGACACCCACUUUUAGUAUCCUAGAAAUAACUUCCCUUGUCUGAGUUCACCCUCACCAAUUGAUUUCAUGAUUUCCGGUAGAUUCUGCACUCCUGUAUCCCCCCAUUGCCAUGUAACUUUGCAGGACCCUCCACCCUGGGUGUGCAGUCAGCCAAAGGCCUUGCUUAGCCAAUGGGAUGUCGGUAAUCAUGAAGCAAGCAGAACCUCGAAAACCACUUGCACAGCUGGGCUUGCCCUAGCUCUUGUACCUCUGCCACCACCUGAAAACCUGGCCAGGUUGCCUUUCAGGAGGAUGAGAGGUGUGUCCAAGUCACCCCUCUCACCUCAGCCAAAGUCAGCUGACAGAUAAGGGAACCCAAUUAAGACCAGAAGAAUAACUCAGCCAAGCCCAGCCCAAAUGGCCAACCCACAGACCCGUAAGCUAAAUAAAUGCUUAUUAUUUUAAGCCACCAAGUUUUGGGAUAAUUUGUUAUGCAGCAUUAUCAUAGCAAUUGGUAACUGAUGCAGAGGGUAAUUGGGCUUCCCAUGUAGAUUUGCUUACAGAGAAAAAGAAUCACUGAGUGGCCAGCGUGAAUGAGUGUCCUGUCCGCUGGACAGGUGAACCACUCACUUUAAUUUUUUUUAAAAGGUGGCUGCUUAGUAUAUCAGACUCUUGUGACCUUAGCAUAUCAGUCUCCUAUGAACACAUGGAAUUCCUCCUCAAUGAUUUGAACGGCAGCAGGAACAGCUCGCGUUUACUGAGCGCUUAUUCCAGACCACACGGUGGGCUAACACUGUACAGACUUCCUCACGAUGAGGUCACGUCCCGAUAAACCCAUUGUAAGUUGAAAAUAUCAUAAGUCGAAAAUGCAUUUAAUACACCUAACCUGCUGAACAUCAUAACCUAGCCAAGCCUACCUUGAACAUUCUCAGAACACUUAUAUUAGCCUGCAGUUGGGCAAAAUUAUCACAAAGCCUAUUUUAUUAAACAGUGUUGAAUAUCUCAUGUAAUUUAUUGAGUACUGUACUGAAAGUGAAGAGCGGGAUGGUUGUGUGGGUACAGAAUGGUUGUAAAUGUAUGCGUUGUUUAUCCUCGUGAUCGUGGGGCUGACUGGGAGCUGCUGCUGCCCACCAUCACGAGAGGAUCGUACCACAUAUCACUAGCCUGGGAAAAGAUCACAAUUCACCAAAAUUCGAAGUACGGUUUCUACUGAAUGCGUAUCUCUUUUGCAUCAUUGUAAAGUUGAAAAAUUGUAAAGCGAACCACUGUUAAGUGGGGGACCAUCUGUACAUGCAUUGACCUGCUUGGUUCCCAUAGUGGCUCUAUGGAGUUGGCUGUACUGUUAUCUUCAUUGUGCCAAUGAAGAAACAGGCCCAGAGGAAUUGAGUUACUCACCUGUGGUGACGUUGGCUUAGCUGUUGGGCAGAAGUGAGCACAGAAACUGAUGUAGGACCCUCGGAAAGUGGGAGAUCUGUGUUAUGCACUAGCAAAGUGUUUGGUAAAGCUACUGCCUGCUCUAACUUGGGAGGUACCUCACAUGCUUUCCAAGCUGGCAGCUCACAAGGAAGGGGUGGGAGAACAGAAAACUAGUCAUUGCUGUUGGCUACCAUUGGCUGCAUUGGGUGAGGAUUUACAAGGAAGAGACAAGCUUGGGAAAGAAUGGUGUUCGAGUAAUAGUGAAAGGAAAUAGAAUCCAGACACCCAGGGCCUCCUGGGGUUCGAAAGUCUUCUACAACCAAAGUAGAAAAAGAGGAGAUAUAAAAAACAGUUUUGAGGGGGCCGGCCCCAUUGCCGAGUGGUUAAAGUUCUGCUCACUCUGCUUCGGCAGCCCGGGUUCACGGGUUCAUAUGCCGGGCACGGACCUACUCCACUCAUCAGCCGUGCUGUGGAGGCAUCCCACAUACAAAACAGAGGAAGAUUGGCACAGAUGUUAGCUCAGGGCUAAACUUCCCCAAGCAAAAAGAGGAAGAUUGGCAAUGGAUGCUAGCUCAGAGUGAAUCUGCGUCAGCAAAAAAUAAUAAUAAAUAAAUAAAAGUUUUGAGCAACAAAGGCCCAGUAAAACUUUUCCCUUGGAUAAAGUGAGUGACGACAAGAUCAAAGUUGUGCCUCCUGUUUAUUGUUCCAAAUAGCCUCAAGAUAGCCAGUGAGGAGAAAAGGAGAGUAUGGAGGAGAACCAGCAAAACAAAUUAGGCUCAAGAAUUACGUCUAGAAAAAGUCGUUGGAUGAGCGUGGCUACUGGCACAGGAAACUGACUAGAAACGAACAGAUUAGGAACAAGCUAAGUCUGGGAAGAAGUGUAUGACCAAGGGAACCAUGAGCCAGGGCUCCCCUCGCCCUCAAAAAUAAAAACCCUUGACAGUUUUCGGCUAUAAAACAACCUUUGGAGCUCUAACCAUCCAUGAACAAGAGGGAGAGUGCCCUGCCACGCCCAUUUCAGAUGUGGCCAAGGAGGAGGAUGGACAAGGAGGAAGCUCCCAGAGAGCAGAGCCAGAGCCAGUAGGGAGAGCGGACGGGAGAGCCUCUCCUGGAGAGCAGAACCAGAGUUGAUGGCGGAGUCUCCCUGGCAGUCCUGUCCCUAUUCCACAGCUAUAUGGGGCUGGGCGAGGGGGCUGCUGACUUGUCUUUUUAGUUCAUGGGUCCCUGGAGCAAGAAGAGCCUCAUAGGCUGAGAGGGGACUACUGCACUGGGGUCAUCAGAGACCCCGGGCUUCAGGUCAGAGACAGGGACUGGAUGGGACUUCGGAUCGUGUCCCUUGAGGAGAGGGUGAGUUUGUGCCAUGAGUGAGAAGAAAAACCUGCUGGUUUGGCACACAGAAGGGUGGGUUCUGGCAGAGACUACGUAAUGCCCAUCUCACCAAUUUCUUCUUCCUGAGCAUAUAGGAAGACAGCAUCCCCAAGCCUCUCAUAUAAUAAGGCUGGUGCUAUGUGAUUGAGUCUGGCCAACAGAAUGUGAGCGAAAGCAAUGAGAGCCGCUUUCAGGCAUGGCCCCUAGAAACAUCCUGAGUGAUCCCCAGCCCACUGUUACCCUGCUGCAGGCGUCCAAGCCACAGGUUCCAGAUGGCUUGGCGACACAAAGGAGGAGUUUACCUAAACUCUUUCAAACUGUGUGAAUGAGAAAUAAACCAUUACUGUGUCAAGUCAGAGGGAUUUCGUGCUUUAUUCAUUUC